AUGGCAAACGGACCAGGCCUGUCCACACAUCAAGGUACAGAGUUAUAUGUGUGGAAUGAAAUCAAAGAUUCCCUCUCACUGUUGGAUGUUCUGCAUGCAAAUCAGUUUGAAGGACAAACCUUUUAUCCAAAACUCAUUGAGCAGACAGAGGCAAACUUUUACAGAGGGGCCCCACCGAAGUGGUUAAACUUUCACAUUAGCGAACAGGGGGCUCCUUUCGUUAAACGAGAUGGAUAUGAAACACUUAAGGAGCAAAUUCAGCAAAGCAGAAAAUUCCCUGGAAUAUCAACUGUUAAGCUGUUCCACCAGCCAGGAUGUGGGGGGACUACAAUGGCCAUGCAGGUGUUGUGGGACUUGAGGAAAACUUUCAGGUGUGCUGUAUUGACCGACUCAACCUCAGACAUCACAAAUGUGGCAGAGCAGGUGGUGCGCCUUUUCACAGCAGGCAGUCGAGACAAUCAGAACACUGUGCUGCUGCUACUGAAUGAAGAGCAGAUCUUAGAAAGUCUCCAAGAGAUCAUAAUGAUGAAACUUGCUGAACAGAAGAUAAAUACCCGAAUGCCUGUUGUGACUUUACUGAGCUGCGUGAGAAAAGAUGUCGUUCUACAGAAUGACCAAGUCAUCCUACGGGAAGAGCUCUCACACACAGAGCAGCAAAGAUUCAAUGAAAAGGCAGAAGAGCUCAGAGGAAGGUACGGUGAUAAAUACGAACAGUUCCACGCCUUUCGCAUCAUGCAAACUAACUUCUCUCGAGAAUUAAUCAAGCAAGCAUGCACAGUGUUCAGAACAGUCAAAAGAGCAAAUCGACCACGGAGGACCCAGCUUGCUGCCUUCCUGUCUCUGCUGAAUGCUUAUGUUCCAGGUUCAUAUCUCCUUGAGUCUCAGUGCCUGGCUUUCCUCAAGCAUGAAGAUCGUUCACUGGAGGAUCAAAUGGAACCGUUUAGUGACCUCAUCAUCACCUUCCAAGAAGACAAAAGAUCAGACAAAAAAGUCUGCAUGGUUCACCCUGUAUUAGCACAGCAGUGUACAGAACUGAUGGCAGAGGCAGGUGUGACCAGAAGUGACACAGCCAGAAACUUCUUGAACUAUUUUUGCAGAAAUGAGGUUCCCUCAUUUUUGCUUGCUUUUAUCAAAGACAUGCUAACAAAAAGAGAAGUGACAAAUGAAGAAAGAGAAGACAAGUUUUCAAGACUGAUUCUCGAUAUUCAAAACACGGAGCACAAAGUCCAGAGUGCAUCAGUUUUGAAGGUCGCAUCGAAGAAAUUUGAUCAGAAUCCGUUUUUUCCACAAGCUCUCGCUCGUUUUUGUUACAUUGAGCUGAAAGACUACAAUCAAGCAGAAAUGUGGGCAAAAAGAGCAAAGGAACGAUGCCCUCAAAAUUCAUUUGUUGCUGAUACACUGGGUCAAGUCCAUAAGAACCAACUGAAGAACCAAAUGUCCACCGCCACAGCAAGAGAAAUUUUGCAACUGGCCAAAAAGGCCAUUGACGCUUUUAAACAUGAAGAACAACUUGCUGAGGAAGAAAUAGAAGAAAAUGUGAAGAAAACUGGCAGAGCUAAAAGCUUGCCUGUUUCUAACACCAGAGGACAGUUUGGUUACCUGCAGGUCUGCAAUAUUCUGUAUGACCUACUGGUCGGUCAGAAUGAAGCUUGGAAAGGAGUUCUCACUAAGAACCAGCCAAUGCACUCUGUCCUGAACUCACUUGGAGACAACAAACUCUACAGAUUUAAUCAUCUAAUCAACAGUCUUCGAGAUGAGGUUGAAAGAAAAUGUGAUUUUUUUGAUCAAUAUCUGGUUUACUCAAAGCUUAAUGUGGAGAGGGAUGACCCUGACUACAUUUCUAAAGACACCACAGACUGCUACAUGAAGUACGUUGCCCACUCAACACCAAGUCAUAUCGAAUCAAGUUGUGCUCAACUCAUCCAGAAGCUUGAACAAAGCCUGACUGACAAGGGACACGUGGAGGUACUAUCGCAUCUUGUCAGAGAAUACACUGAAUCAGAGCUCCAAGACGUAACUACAAGGUGGGGAGAAAACAGCUCAAGCACAGAUUCAGGAACAGCUGCGGUCGACUUCAUGCUCGCUGGAUUUAGACAGAAAAUGCCCCUGAGCAAAAAGGAUGCACCUGAGCUGUACAUGGUAGCCCUCCUCUUGUACUGGCCGGACAGUGAAGACAGCUGCCUGUUUGACCUCAGCCAAAUGAUUCGCCAGAUGCGCAGCUCCUAUGAACAUGUUUAUAAGAAGUACUUAGGAUCAAGGUACCUUCACCCUCUGUUUUUCAUCGGAAAAGGUCAAGGUCUGAACAGAAUUGUUCAGAGAGAAGUCCUUGAGGAACUGUUUUUGGAUCAAAGCGAGGAAACAUCCAAUUGGAGCGAUAACUGGAGGAAAGAGAAUCUUUUCAAAAAUGCCAGCGUCCAAGCGCACCUGCUCAGAGUUAAAGGAGUGGUUCGAAACUACAGAGUGCAUGCACUUGUUGGGGGCAAGGAGAUUGAGGUGGACGCCAAUGUGCGAAACAGCCUCUGGAGACCGAGGCCAGUUUUCUUUUACCUUGGCUUCACCAUCAGAGGUCCUGUGGCCUUCGGCAUCCAGUCUACAACAGCAGCAGCUUCGAGGCAGCAAUCGGUGGAUCAACAUGCGACAACUCGGAUGAACGGUGUGAACGAUCCAGGAGUCACCAUUAACGAGCUUUAA